AUGCUGAGAUUCGUGCCACUUCAGUAUACCAAUAACAACAAUAAUAACAAUAACAACACACAUGACACCACUACUACCACCACCAACACACAUGACGAAGAUCGAUCAGUACCGCAUCCACUAGCAUUGGGUAUUGAUACUACAUCAAAUGUCACUCAAUCAUCACCUUUGCAUCACCAGUUCUCUUCAUCUUCGUCUCCAUCUCCUUCACCUGCUCCGGCUUCUGCUGACGCAUUACCUCGUUCUAUUUACCACAGUCCGGUUGCCACUACCUCAUCUACUCCUAACAGACUACAUGCAAAGAACUUGAAAAUUGAUGUACCACCCAAUGAUCAGGACACACAUCACUUAGAACAACCAAUGCAACACCACUCCAUUAGAUCAUUACAGAACCUUCUUGGAGAACCACUAUCGUUUCAACAACACCCGGGUGACAACAGUGAUGCCGAAUCAUCCACUAGAGCUAAACUAGCAAACAACAACACCAAUCCCAACAAUCACACUGCUACUGUUCCAUUGGAGGAUAUCACUCAACUUCCCACGCCAGUGUUGCCAAAUGACUCAUUUGCAAACUAUAGCCAUUACCAACAACAAACGUUGUUAUCAUCUCCGCCUAGAAGAAAAGAUUCUGCAAACUGGUUCAAACCUGCUCAAUCUGCAUCUCCAAGAAUCAUUUCUGAUUUCAAACCAAUUGCCAGAGCUCAUAGUUUGACUUUGGGUAAAAGAGUGGCUUCUAAUCCUGUUGAAUUGAAAAGUAGAACCAGUACAUCUAGUACUGAAUCUUCAACUAGUACAGAUCGAAAUCAACAAAAUGACCAACAUCAACAACCAAGUAGCUUAGAAUCACCAAUUACACCAUCUACAUCCCCCGUUAUACCUCAGCAAACAUCCAAAUUUGAUAAUGUGGAAUUUGUUUCACAAAGAUAUCACACUACAUUUAAGUUUGUCAAGGAGUUGGGCCAAGGAAAUUUUAGUACUGUUAUUCUUGCUAGAAGUAUCAAAGAUGAAGUUGCAAUCAAAGUGAUUACAAUUCCAGAAUCUAAAUCACAAGUUGUCAAUUUCAAAUCCUUCAUUUUACGUGAAUUGAACAUUCUCUACCAUGUGUCUUAUCAUCCGUGUAUUACAUCACUAUUGGAAUAUGUCAUCACCUUGGAUAUCAAAAGGGAGGAAAUAGAAGCGGAAAUUAUCCCUGAGGACCUCGAGUCACAAGAAGAGCAGAGCAACUCAUUGGAACCAGUACCACAAAAUCGUGACCAAUUGAUAUAUAUCAACUAUUGUCACGGUGGGAACUUGUUAAACUUUCUCUUGGAUCAUAAUCAAUCCAUGAAUGCAAAUAAUGUCAAUUACUGGAUCUACAUCCAUCGUGUUGUUUGUGAACUUAUUUUAACCACAUCAUUCCUUCAUCAACAAGAUAUCAUUCAUCGAGAUAUCAAGUUGGAAAAUAUAUUGUUGCUUUAUUCAGCAGAAGAAGUCGACCAAAUCUUUGCCUAUAAUGAAACAAUGUCAACUCCAUUUAUGAAUCUAAGUGACUUUGGUUUAUCAAAGAAGCUCACUUCACCUGACCAAUUACUCCAAACGCGAUGUGGAUCACAAGACUAUAUUGCCCCCGAAGUACUUAUGGGCUUGCAAUAUGACGGACGCUCAACUGAUACAUGGUCGAUUGGUGUUCUUGUUUACUCAAUUUUGGAAUCUAAAUUACCCUUUGAUGUGCGAUCUCCACCCGGCGCAUCUGCUUCCAACUCAGGUAUAUCCCCCUCGGUAUUAAAACGAAGAAGAUCGAAAAAGGUUAGUACUGCUCAUCGGAUCGCCAUGAUUGAUUGGGGCUGGCACGAUAUCAAUGAACGUAUCAACAAUGAGGCCAUCCGCGAAGACAUAAGAGUUAUGCAACAGCAAUUGAAGUCAUUUGUUGAGACUGUAUUGGUGCGUAAAGAUAGGCGUCCAUCAGUGGGCCAAAUAUUGGAAAGAGAAGAGUUCAACUGGAUAAAGCAAAGUGUGCCAUCAGCAAUUGUCAGUUUUAACUAG